AUGAUCAACACGGGGUAAGUUACCUUUUUUAUAGGUUUGUAACUGGUUUUAGGUAUUAAAUUUGGGGAAAUUUGAGGAAGUGUUUUUUGAAACUUCAAGCUUUAGGUGUAGUUUCUUGAAUUAAGAACUUUGAAGUUAAGUUAGUUUACAGUGUUUAUGCCUCACAUUGGUUCGAAAUGACACAAAACUCAUUAAUUUUUAAAAGUAUAUCGAAAUUGUAUUUUGUUACAUAAAAUUUUUAAAAUUUAAAAUUUAUGGUAAAAAAAUACAGUACGUUUAAACUUUUUUGUAUAAUUAUAAGGUUUUUCAAAUAAUUUUGUGCCUCUCUCAAAAUAAAUUUUCAAUGUCGGGGCUCAGAAUUAUUUGAACAACCUGAUGUAUAUUAUAUUGCUUUAUGCUGAGGUUCUACUGUAACUUAAAAACAUGUGUUACAGUACUCUUGGCAUGCUUCAAAGUUUGUUACAGAAAACAAGUAUCAAUUCACCUAAAAGUACUGUAUUUUCAGAGCAUUCGCCGGUAAAACAGUGGUAAUUUCGGGAGCGACGAGAGGAAUUGGCAAGGCUAUCGCAUUGAAAUUGGCAAAAGAUGGAGCUAACAUUGCUAUCCUGGCCAAGACUACCAAGCCUCACCCUAAACUGCCUGGUACUAUUUAUUCUGCUGCUGAAGAUGUUGAGAAGGUAACUAAAUGAAUUUUUUAAUUUAAAAAUUAUUUUAAAAACUACUUUUCUUUUUAUAUUUUUUUACAGUACUAUUUUUUCAACUUAAAACAGUAUGUCCAGUAUAAUUUUGCAAAACGUACAGUAUCAACAUUACACUAACUCAUUUAUCUGUAUAACAUUUUCAGGCCGGAGGAAAAGGUCUAGCUUGUCAUUGUGACAUUCGUGAAGAAGAAAGUGUACAAAAGGCGAUUCAGGAUACGGUGGACAAAUUUGGAGGUAUCGAUGUCUGUAUAAACAAUGCUAGUGCCAUUUCAAUCACAAGGACCGUGGAUACCCAGAUGAAGAGAUACGAUCUGAUGCAUGGUGUCAACACUAGGGGGACAUUUUUAUUGUAGGUUUGGUCUUUUACUGUAUGAUUGUGAAGUUGGAUAAGGCUGGAGAGGGUAGAUUAAUGCACGGUAGGGCAGUGUAGUGUAGGGUAAGAUAGGGCACGGCAGGCUAAGAUACAAUAAGGGAGGGUAGAAUAGGGCAGGGUAGGGUAUUGUAUGUAGGUUGACAUAAGUAUUUAGGUUUGAGAAAGGAAACUAUGACAGAUUUUAUGUUUUUAUAUUGUACUCUAUAAAAAAAAUUACUGUAUAAUGAUUACUAUCAACUGUGGCGUACUCUAUAACUGAUGACUCAUUUUAGGUCGAAAACAUGUAUUCCAUAUCUGAAAAGGGCUGAGAAUCCACAUAUCAUGAACCUGAGUCCACCUUUGGCCAUGCACAAGAACUGGUUUGCUCCUCAUGUUGGUAUGUUACAAUAUAUGGAGCAUAACUUUUGUAGAAUUUAAAAAUUUUGUAUACUUUUUGAUCGUUUAAAUUUCAAUCUUAUAUUUUAACAUUUUUAGGUAUAAAGUUACGAAAAAAUUUUUUCACCUUGAUUCUGAAUCACAAUAAAAAUGCCCGUUUCAGCCUACACAAUGGCCAAGUACGGAAUGUCCCUGUGCGUGCUGGGAAUGCACGAAGAGUUCCGAGAAGAUGGGAUCGCGGUCAACGCUCUCUGGCCUCAAACUGGAAUCUGGACAGCGGCGAUCGCUUUGUUGAGUGGAGGUAACGACUCGAGUGGCUCCAGAACUCCGGAGAUUGUGGCUGACGCUGCGUAUGCGUUGUUGAAGAGGAACUCGAGAGAAUAUACGGGAAACUUUGCGAUCGACGAGCAGAUUCUGAGAGAAGAAGGCAUUACUGACUUUGAACAGUACGCUUGUGUUAAAGGUAAGGUUGUUGGGUGUACAUUUAUAAUAUAAUUAAAGGUUUGAUUGGGAAGUUGAUUAUGUUUUUUGGUAUAUUUGUAAAGUUUAGGUAUUUAACAUUAGAAUUUUUUUUGUUUCAGGAGCCAAAAUCCGACCAGACGUGUUCUUGCCAGGCGAAGAAGCUUCGUACGAACCCUACAAACACUUCCAAGUCAAAAAGUAA